UGCUCGAUGAAUCAGUCAUUGACUUAACACUCUCAGAUCCACAACGUCGUUAAAAAUUAUUAUUUUUUUUUUAUUUAUAUUUUUUUUUUUAAUAAAAUUAUUAAUUUUUAAGUGACAAGUAUUAUUUAUAUUAUUGUGAAUAUAUAUUUUUUUAUUGUUAUAAUUUAUUUAUGUAUUUUUUUUUUUUUUUUAUACGAUCAUUUCGAAUGGAGGGAUAUUGCAGAUGAUUUUAUUUUUUAAUGCUAAUUGAAUCCUAUACAGUUUCAAGAUGAAAAAAUAUUAAAACUAUAAAAAAAAAACAAAAAAAAGAGGGAGGUGUAAUUUUUAUUAUUAUUUUGUAGUUCGUGCAACAGAUGAGUUUAAAAUUUUUUUUGGUGUCAGUUGAUAUAGUAGUAUAUUCUUCAAGCUCAAAGAGUUUAAAAGAAAAAAAUAAUUUUUUAAAAAAUAUAUAAAAAUCAACGUGCUAACUUUGCUAGUAAUUUACAGCUUGAUUUGUGAGGAAGAACGUCUUAUUUGACCCUGGCUUAUAUUACAAUAUAGAUAUAUAAAGUAGUAUAAGUAGAAAAAUAAAAAGAAAAAUUAUUUAUUUUUUUUUCUAACUAAAUAAAAUAAAUAGAAAAAAAAAUGGAUUUAAAUAAUAUUGAAACACAUCCUGGUCGUAUUAUUAAAAAUAAUGAUGAAAUUUGUAAUAAAAUAAGAAGAGUAUCAAUAAGUGAUCAAAUAAUUGGUAUUGAUAAUCCAACAUUUGAACAUAAUCGUGCAAUAUCACCAUGUUCACAACAUGAUAAUAAUGAAAUUGUUAGAAAAAAAUCAAUUCUACAUAAUACAAUAAAUGAUUGUAUUGAUAAUCAACAACAAAUAUAUAAUACUGAAAAUGGACGUAUUAAUGGACAAAAUAGAAAAAAAUCAGCAAUGAGUUUAUCAAGUUCAAUACGUGAAAAAAUUGAAUAUACUGAUCAAUUAAAAAGUUCAUGGCUGUAUUUAUUUUGUACAAGAUGUCAUGGAAAAGAUGAUACACCAUCAUGGGAACCUACUGGUUGGCAUAAAUUAUGUCCAUCACCAUUUUGUCCAUCAUAUCGUAAAUUUUCAAGAAUAAUAAGUUUAUUAUUAUUGGGUCUUAUGACAUGGGGUAUAACAUAUGCAAUUAUUGGUGAUGAUGCUGCACCAGGUGGUCCAUUAUUUAGUAUUGCUGUAUUAGCAAUAAUUGCACAUUUUGUUGGUUGGAUAUUUUCACUUACAACAUUACCAGCACUUAUUGGUAUGCUUAUGACUGGUAUUGUCAUGCAAAAUUUUAAUCUCAUAAAAAUUGAUCAUAAAUAUGCACCUGUUAUUUCUGUUCUUCGGAAGAUUGCAUUAGUUAUAAUUUUAACUCGUGCUGGUCUUGAUUUGGAUCCAAAUGCACUUAAGAAACAAAAAAUAACAAUGCCAAAAUUGGCAAUGGUACCAUGGUUGGUUGAGGGUUCAGUUGUUGCAAUAACAGCGAAAUAUUUAUUAGAAUUAGAAUGGAUAUGGUGUUUUUUAAUUGGUAGUAUUGUUGCUGCUGUAUCACCAGCUGUUGUUGUUCCUUGUUUAUUUAGAUUACGUGGUAAAGGAUAUGGUGUUGCCAAGGGUAUACCAACAUUAAUUAUUGCAAUAAGUGGUAUUUGUGAUGCAGCAUCAGUUGCAUUAUUUGGAAUAUUAAAAAGUGUAUUAUUUUCUCAUGAUCCAUUGUGGUAUCAAAUAAUGCAAGGACCAAUUGCAAUUAUUGGUGGUCUUGGUUUUGGUAUAUUAUGGGGUUUUUUGGCUAAAUAUGUUCCUGAAAAAGGUGAUCCUUUUAUGGUACCAUUGAGGGUAUUGAUGCUCUUGGGUGGUGGACUUAUUGCUGUAUUUGGUAGUGAAGCUAUUGAAUUGGGUGGAGCUGGACCACUUGCUGUUGUUGCUGCUGCUUUUGUUAGCUGUUAUUUUUGGCAAAAAGAUGGUUGGGAAGUUGAUGAUAAUCCAGUUGCAAUAUCAUUUGAAAUUUUUUGGAUGUUAUUUGAGCCAAUAUUAUUUAGUAUAACUGGUACGGAAAUAAAAAUUGAUCAAUUAAAUAGUUCAAAAGUAUAUUUAAUAGUUGGUUGUCUUGUAACUGCAAUAAUAAUGCGUAUGAUAACAACAGUAUUUGUUGGUAUUGGAUCAAAAUUAAAUAUGAAAGAAAAAAUAUUUAUUGCAUUUGCAUGUAUGGCUAAAGCAACAGUACAAGCAGCACUUGGUCCAGCAACACUUGAUGAAAUUGAUAAAAAUAAUAAACAACAAAUUGAUAAUGCACAAACAACAUUAACAUUUUGUGUAUUAUCAAUUAUUUUAACAGCACCAAUUGGUGCUAUUAUAAUAUCAUUAUCUGGACCAAAGCUAUUAACUAAAAUUAAAACACCAAUACCACCAACAAAUGGAUGGAGAACACGUAGACCAUCGAUACGUGAUAUAUCAAUUAUAAAUGAAGAUCCAGAUCUUGAAGAAUCAGCUGGUAAUGGAAAACCUUGAUUUUAAAAAAAAUAAAAAUAUUUAAAGAAAGUGAAAAGAUUUUUUUUUUUUGGCAUUUUUAUUCAUUUAUUAAUUGUAAAUAUUAUUCAUUAUUUUUAAUUUUAAUAUAUAUUAUAUUAUUUUGUAGAUAGAGUAUUCUUUGUUAUUUAAUUAUUUUUUUAUUCAAAAAUAAUUAAAUAAAUAAUUUUUAUUGUUAUUAUUAUCAUCAUCAGUAGCUUCAAUUAUUUUUUUUUUUUUAAUUAGAAAAAAGUUUCUUUUUUGUUUUCUUUUUGUUAUUAUUAUUACUAUUAUUAUUAAAUAUAAAAAAAAUAUAAUUACUUUUAUGAAUAAUUUGUGGUUUUUUCGUUAUAAAAAUUGUUGUAUUUUUAUUUAUCAAGUUUACCAGAUGUUGACAUGAGUGUACUGGUACUUGAAUUUUUACGUAUACCAUUUGGUACAUGUAAACCAAAUUGUCCAUUUAUUUCAUUUGGUUCAUCAAAACCCAAACGAUAUUUUAAUGAUAUAUAUAUUUUUUUUUUAACGAUAAAUAAUAAAAAUAUUAUUAAACCUU